ACCCGGGGGCGGCCCUAUAAGUAGCCGAAUCAGCCAGCCUAGCUUUCUCCACGCAGCGGCACUUGCACAUCGCAGACCUCCAAAUCCAACAGGAGCUCCCGAUCUCUCUCUCUCUCUCUGCCACCUGAUCACCGCCCCCUUUAGCGUACAAGACGCAUGACCAUGGACUUCAGCGGCGACAUCGACGACUUCUCUCUCCAGUACAUCCACGAGCAGCUGCUGGGCGCCGAUGCGUGCCUCCAGCUCCAGGGAGCCGUCCCCGUGGCAGCAGUAGACGACUUCGCCCCGCACCUGCAGCAGCCGUCGGAUUUCCAGCUGCCCUCGGAGUUCUCCCUGCCGCACCUGUUGCCGCCUCCUGGUUACGUCGACCUGACGAGCCAGUACCCGGAUGCCGAUGCCUACGGCGCGGCGGAGCCGGUGAUGAUACGGUUCGGGGGCGAGAAUUCCCCGGUGCCGUCGUCGGACCCGGCCCGGAGGCGGCCGUUGCUGACGGUCUCGCUGCCUCCGGCCUCGCACCCCAGCUGGGCUGCGGCGCCAGAGGCCGCGGCGGACGCGCUGAACGACUUCCGGAAGUACCGCGGCGUGCGGCAGCGGCCGUGGGGCAAGUUCGCGGCGGAGAUCCGGGACCCGAACAAGCGGGGAUCCCGCGUGUGGCUCGGCACCUACGACACCUCCAUCGAGGCGGCCCGCGCCUACGACCGCGCCGCCUUCCGGAUGCGCGGCGCCAAGGCCAUCCUCAACUUCCCCAACGAGGUCGCCUCCCGCGGCGCCACCGACUUGCUCGUCCCACCGCCACCACCCGCAGUCUCCCACAACAACAAGCGGAAGCGCGCCGACGUCGUCGAUGAGGAGGAGACCAUCAACGCGAAAAACGUCAAGGCCGAGGCCGCUGCUUCCGCCGCCGCAUCGCCCGCGUCUUCGCUGACGGCGACCUCGACGGUGACGACGACGACGACGUCCUCCUCAAGCGCCAACACCACUCCAUCGUCCUCGUCGUCGGAUUAUUAUUACCAGGCCGGCGGCAAUUCCGAGACGUUCGGCCCGCUGGCGUCGUCGACCAGCUGGACGUGGGAGCAGCUGCUGGCGGAGGGGAUGUUCGGCGGCAGCCUCUCGCCGCACCCGCAGCUGGCCGGUGGCUUCCCGGAGGUCUGCACCGUCAACUAGGCGCCCGGCCCGGCCCACCGCCGCCGGUCGAUCGCCUAGCUAGCUGAGCAUAUGGUGUGAUUAAUUAGGAGUAAAUUAUCAUCCGCAAAAAAACAUUAGGUGUAUAUUAAGCGGCUAAUAAUUAGUGGCUCCUCUAGUUCGUGACGACGGCCUUUGCUUUGGACUCAUCUCGGGAGCUUUGGCUUGGAGCUGUGUGCAUUACUGUACAGUCUGUACAGGGAAGACAGGAUUUGAAGAUGGGUAGAAUAUUAGCUCAUGCAUCAUGUCACGCAUCGACAUAGAGAUGCAUGUCUGGAGAUAUAUUGUAAAUUAAGUGAAGAUGGGUGUAGUAUAUUGUAAAUUAAGUGAAGAUCCAAGUGUGGAUGCUUGUUUGUGAAUUUAUGUAUCAUACAUAUACAUCGGUCGAUCGAUCGAUAUGUCCAUAUAUGCAGUUGUGUAUGUUUGCCUGUUGGUGCCAUCAA